AUGGCAGGCUCGGUGACCCGGAAGAGAAAAGCGAGUUCCUCACUCGAACCAUCCCGAAACAAACGGCGACCACACGUAGUCGUCUCUAAAGCCGCGCGCAUCAUUGAGCGCUGGCUCCAAGGUCACCCCGAGCACGAGUCCGAGUACGAGUUCUCCGCCGACGGCGAAGAGCUUUCGAGCAGACGGCCCUUGACUCACACUCCGAGUAAGAAUAGAGGCAAAUACGCACUCCACUACGAACCGAACUACCUCGGCGACUUGGAGGCCAGGGGUAGCUCCGCCAGCUCGUCGCCAGCGGGACUCAACAAGGAUGACGCGAGCCUGUGCGAAAAACUUGUCUCACCCACUCCAAUGAGCUCCGAGGAGCGCUCGUUCAUGGAGAAAAUGCCGGUACGUGGCGACAACUUGGAGAGCCUGAGUGACCUUGGGGUUUUCAAGGAGCUUUUCGACCUUAUUUUGCCAUCGGCCGUGCAGCAACGGGUCCAGGGCGGCAUUCUCAGAGAAUGCUUUGACCUCAACUGGGCCAAUGCAGUGCCGGUCUACGGGCCAUUCCCACGGCCAGAUCACACCUACGGACUUCGGCCCUCUAACUUAACACCAGCGCAGAAAAGAAAACUCAACAUCAUGUCAUUCAACAAAUCCUACCUCGCGGCAAGGUACGACAUCUGGUUCAACUUCCUGACCAGCUUUGUCAAGUCUGGCACGGCAGCGUGCGACAUUGCCGAGCGGGCUGCUAUGCACGCCAUGACCGUCGCCCUCCGAGGCAUUGUUGACCUCUAUCGGCGAGCGAAUCAAGCUGAGGAUGAUGAAGGGGGAAAUGCUUGGGAGUUUUGCGGUGAGGAGUUGCCUUCCGACGACGAUGCGGAUGAGGAGGACGUGGAUAACCGGAGCACGUUGCUAGGUUGA